AUGAGAGUUCCUGUACACGAGAAUCUUGCUGGCCGCAGUGAAACCUCAGUACAUCUACCUGUGCAAUCCAAUAUUUCCAUGUCAGCACCAAAAAGUAAUGCAGUGGUGACUACGUUACCAUCACCAGCUCCAUUACAUAGUUCACCAGAGAUUACGAAAAUAGGACAAAAUCGGGCAGAUGUUGGUCGUAAACUUGUUUCCUGUUCAGUAACACCGGCUAAUAAUAUUACAUCAGUUGAAAAAGAUAAAAAUUCGGGACAAAUAGUUUCGUCAAAUGAUGCUGUUCGCUCACCUUAUGCUUAUCAUCCCGGUAAAACGUAUCGAACUAGACGUGUUUUCAAAGUUAUAAUAUUAGGUGAUGCGGGAGUUGGGAAAACUUGUUUAAGUUUCCGGUUUUGUAAUGGAAGGUUCCCAGCUCAAACAGAAUCAACUAUAGGAGUAGACUUCCGAGAACGCUCCGUUGUAAUCGAUGGAGAACUGAUAAGGAUUCAGCUGUGGGAUACCGCGGGACAAGAACGUUAUCGACAAUCCAUUGUUUCCCAUUAUUAUCGCAAUGUAAAUGCUGUGGUCUUUGUGUAUGAUGUAAGCAAUCCUUCUUCUUUUCAUUCUAUCAAGGACUGGAUCAGUGAAUGCCGCAAAAAUUCGGUUUCUUCAACAAAUACUACACCGCACAUAUUAAUUGGAAAUAAAUGUGAUCUAACUCCAGAAAACAAGGUUAAAACUGAUGUCGCUCAGAUGUUUGCUGAUCAAAAUGACAUGGCACUCUUUGAGACGUCAGCUUUGGCAGAUGCGGAAGCUGAUCAUGUUGAGUCAAUUUUCAUGACAUUAGUGCACAAACUGCAACAAAGUAAGCCAAUGCAUGUGCAGAGCGAUGAAGAAAGAGCUCGAAACGAGCAGAAACUAUUGCUGAAGGCAAGAGACGCCAGCAAGGAAGAUAAUGAUGAAGGCUGGUGUUGUGGAUAG